UUUUUUUUCUGUCUCGUUAAAUGUUCCUGAGAAAAUGGAAGAAAAUUAGCGAGAAUCGGAUUUUCCUUUUUCUUUUUACCAAUUUUAAUUGAAUAUAGCUAUGAAUAAAGCAUGAUUAACAAUGAAUUCAUGAGAAACAAGUAGUGAUUGAUAUCUGCAGCUCCAGUAAUACUUACCCCCUUACCCUGGGUGGGGAUGGGGGGUGGGUAAGCUGAAAGUUAAUUAACUGUUUGAAAGUGAUUAGAGCAAUAAAAUGAAAGAAAAUUUUGAGUUAGAAUUUGUUUGUUGUUGUUUGUGCUGCUGUAGGCGAGCACAGGGGGGGCACGGCAAGAUCUUUCGUACUAAUGGUGCGAGAGAAAGAUGUUUGCUGGGAAUAUGCUGAUAGGUUAGAAGGAAACAAGGUGAGAUGCAAAUUCUGCGAUAGAAUUCUUAAUGGUGGCAUUAGCAGGUUGAAGCAUCAUUUAUCUCGACUUCCCAGUAAAGGUGUAAAUCCAUGCACCAAAGUAAGAGAUGAUGUCACUGAAAGGGUAAGGGAAAUCAUAGCGUCAAAAGAGGACAGUAAGGAAAUUUCAGUAACUAAGAUGCAAAAGAUACCAGAAGUUAAAUCCCCUGUGGCUGUAAGCAUCUCCGCUGGGAAGACUCUCAUGGCUGUGGAAUCAGCAACGCUGGUUGGAAAAGUGUUUUCAUCCAUCACCUCGUCGAAUUCUUCUUCCAGAAAUGAACAAGAAAAUGCAGAGAGAAGUAUCGCUCUUUUCUUUUUUGAGAAUAAAUUGGACUUCAGUGUAGCCCGUUCUUCAUCUUAUCAGCAAAUGCUUGAUGCAGUGAGAAAAUGUGGUAGUGGAUUUAUAGGACCCUCUGCAGAAGCUUUAAAAACGACAUGGUUGGAAAGGAUCAAAUCUGAAGUGAGUUUACAUUCAAAAGACAUUGAAAGAGAGUGGGCUAUGACUGGUUGCACUAUUAUUGCAGAAACAUGGACAGACAACAAAUCAAGGGCUUUGAUUAAUUUCUUAGUUUCAUCCCCCUCCAGAACCUUCUUCCACAAAUCAGUUGAUGUAUCUUCAUAUUAUAAAAAUAUAAAGUACCUCUCUGAUUUGUUCGAUUCCAUAAUUCAAGAUUUUGGCCCCGAAAAUGUUGUUCAGAUAAUUAUAGAUAAUGCUCUAAACUUCCAUGGCUUAGCAAACCAUAUCCUGCAGAAUUACGGCUCUGUUUUUGUGACCCCUUGUGCCUCGCAAUGCAUGAAUGGGAUCUUGGAGGAAUUCUGUAAGGUGGAUUGGAUUAAUAGGUGUAUUUUACAGGCACAGGUUGUUUCAAAGUAUAUAUACAACAACUCGUCAAUGCUUGAUAUGAUGAAAAAGUUUACUGGAGGACAAGAAAUCAUACGGAGUGGCAUUACCAAGGCUGUCUCAAAUUUUCUAUCUUUGCAAUCUAUGCUGAAGCAGAAAUCAAGACUGAAACAUAUGUUCAAUAGCCCAGAAUUUUCUGCAAAUUCGUCCUCUGCAAACAAGCCUCAGACAGCAACUUGUGUUGGCAUUCUUGAUGAUAAUGAAUUUUGGCGAGCAGUAGAAGAAAGUGUUGCUGUGUCUGAGCCAUUUUUGAAAGUAAUGAGGGAAGUAUCGGGAGGGAAGCCUGCAGUAGGUUUCAUUUAUGAGUUGAUGACGAGAGCAAAGGAGUCUAUACGGACAUAUUACAUUAUGGAUGAGAUUAAAUGCAAGACAUUUUUGGACAUUGUAGACAAGAAGUGGCAGAACAACCUGCAUUCCCCUCUACAUUCAGCAGCAGCCUUUCUGAACCCCAGCAUCCAGUAUAAUCCAGAAAUUAAAUUUCUUGGAUCCAUUAAGGAAGACUUUUUCAGAGUUCUGGAGAAGCUUCUUCCGACACCCGAACUAAGGCGUGAUAUAACAAACCAGAUUCUUUUAUUCUCAAGGGGAAGUGGGAUGUUUGGCUGUAACCUUGCAAAGGAGGCAAUUGAUACUGUUUCCCCUGGCAUUUGGUGGGAACAAUUUGGUGAUGCUGCUCCCAUGUUGCAACGAGUGGCAAUUCGAAUACUCAGUCAGGUCUGCAGCACUUCUACUUUCGAGAGGCAGUGGAGCACGUUUCAACAGAUCCAUUCCGAGAAGCGCAACAAGAUCGAUAAGGAAACACUAAACGACUUACUUUAUAUCAACUACAAUCUCAAAUUAGAAAAAUCUUUGAAAUUGAUAUCUUCAGAAGUAGAUCCCCUUCAACUGGAUGACAUAGACAUGACUUCGGAGUGGGUGGAGGAGGCUGAAAAUCCAAGCCCUGUUCAGUGGCUUGAUCGUUUCGGUUCUGCUCUGGAAGGCGGAGAUCUGAAUACUAGACAGUUUAAUGCUGCUAUAUUUGGUGCUAACGACCAUAUUUUUAAUUUGUAGCCGUGCAGCGCUUUUUCUAUAUAGAUUCUUCAUUUUAAAUUUGUAUUGCAUCUUGUAUUCUAGUAUAUAUAAGGUGCAAUACCAUAGAGGAUCUAGACAAGGCACUGUUGUAUCUUAAGCUUGUUUUGUGCAGCCAAAUGCAAAAAAUUGGCUUUCAGUGCUCAA